UUCUUGUUAUAUUCUGUGAGUCGUGAGCGCUACGGGCAGGGAUUCGCCUGCACGAGAACGUCCGGGAAUUGGAAAGGACUAGCUGCUGGCCUCUGAACGACAAGAGUUGCCUAUUCGAGUACAUCCAUAGCUGGGCGGAGUGUGCCGAGAAACUUUAUUCAGUGCACGGUCGAGUCGCGCUUGUCCUUUACUCUCGUCAACCACGACCUGCUGUAUCUCUAAAACUCGGACACAUCUGCUGUACUUCAUACUUCCAGGCAAUACCCACUACAAUGUCUCGUUUCUUCAGGCAAGCCGGUGACUCCGACAGCGAAUCCGAGUCCUCUGAGGAGGAGCUCAUGUCUAGCGAGGACGAGGCCCCCAAACCCGCUAAGCCAGCAAUGUCCAAAUUCUUGCGUUCUGCAGGAGAUGAAUCUAGCGAAGAGGAGGAAUCAGAAGAAGAGGAGGAGGAGAUGUCCGAGGAAGAGGCGCAGAUCAAGAAGAAGUCCCGCUUCAUGCGCACCGAGUCUGAAGAAGAGGAAAGCGAUGAAGAAGUGAAGCGCGUUGUUAAGAGUGCGCGUGACAAGCGGUUGGAUGAGAUGGAGGCGAGCGGGAAGCUCAUGGACAAUGCGCUCAAAAUCAACGACUGGGUCGCUAUUUCCUCCGAAUUCGAUAAACUUGUCCGUAUGGUGCAGAGACAGCAGAAUGUCUCCGAGCCCGUCCCUCCCUUUUUCAUCCGCACCCUUGUCACUUUGGAGUCUUCCCUCAACUCGGCUGUGGCGAAAGAGAAGGAAGCCAAAAAGAAGAUGAACGCCAGCAAUGCUCGCGCUCUUACCGCCAUGAAGCAGAAGGUGAAGAAGGUUGCCAAGGAGCACGAGAAUGAGAUUAAGCAAUAUCAUGCCGUGAGUCGGAUAUCGUCUCUUUAUAACCACAGAAUUACCUCACACAUGUAUCAGGACCCGGAGCGCUUUGAACAAGAGUACGCCUCUCAUGCAGCCGCGGAGGCCCAGCCCCCACCCCCCAAAGUUAAAAAGGUCAAGAGGCUUGUAGGAGAGACUGAUGAGGAGGAUGAAGAAUUCACUACCGUCGGCAAGGGCGGUAAGGCAAUGGCGUUCACGCCGGAGAGUAUCUUUAAAAACCUGCAGCUUGUGCAAGAAGCCCGAGGGAAAAAGAACACCGACCGUUCAGAGCAAAUUCGCAUUUUGGAGAAGCUCUUGGAAGUUGCGGUUACAAACUAUCAACGAAUUCGGGUUCUUUUGGCUCUGGUCUCAUGUCGCUUCGACUACAAUUCCUCCGUGUCUACUCAUAUGCCCAUCGACCUCUGGCUCUCAGCCCAACGAGAAGUCGAUCAAUUAGUCGCCAUCGUUGCCCAGAACCCUGCAUACUCGAUACAAGAAUCCACUGAGGAUUACGACGAUUUGGCUGAGCGUUCACCCGAAACUGAGAAGGAUGGUGUUGUGCGGAUACGCGGUAGCAUUAUAAGCUUCGUCGAUAGGCUGGACGAUGAGUUCACCAAGAGCUUGCAAAACAUCGAUCCCCAUGGUACCGAAUACGUUGAUAGGCUGAAGGAUGAGAAAGGUCUCUAUUCCACUAUCUGCCGCGCACAGGCUCUGUACGAGAAGCUCGGACACCAGGAACCUUUGAGUCGGGUGAUUAUGAGGCGGUUGGAGCAUAUCUACUCCAAGCCCGAUGCUGUUGUACGCGCAUUAGAGUCAGCAGUUGCUGCUGCCGACAUCAAGCCUUCUAUCGUCCUUGACCCAUCGGAAGAGACCACAGAUCUCAUCCACUCACUCUGUGUCCACCUGUACAAGUCGAACAACUCACUCUUGCGUACUCGUGCGAUGCUCUCCCAUAUCUUCCACUACGCCCUGCAUAACAAGUUCCACACCGCACGAGACAUGCUCCUGAUGUCUCACUUGCAGGAGUCCAUUUACUCUGCCGACGUCGCUACUCAGAUCCUUUACAACCGAACUGUCGUUCAACUGGGUUUGAGCGCUUUCAGGUGCGGUCUCAUCAAAGAGGCUCAACUCACCCUCCAGGACAUCUUCGCCACUCAGCGUGUCAAGGAGCUUCUCGCUCAAGGUGUCCACCAACAACGAUACCAGGUGUUGACGCCUGAGCAAGAGAAGGCCGAACGUCAACGUCAGCUUCCUUUCCACAUGCACAUCAAUACUGAACUUCUCGAGGCUGCCUUCCUCGUGUCCAGCAUGUUAGUUGAGAUCCCGCUCUUGGCCAGCAUCGAUUCGGAAGAACAGAAGCGCAAGACGAUUUCCAAGUCUUUCCGUCGUUUGAUGGACUUUGCUGAUCGUCAAGUCUUCACUGGUCCUCCAGAGAGCACUAGGGACCACAUCAUGCAGGCGAGCAAGGCGCUCCAGGAUGGUGACUGGGAGAAGUGCCGCGACCUCAUCCAGGAUAUCAAGAUCUGGAGUUUGAUGCCAGAGAGCGCUUUGGUCAAGGAGAUGCUUGCGAAACGCAUCCAGGAAGAAGGUCUGCGCACUUACCUCUUUACUUAUGCACCCCACUACAGCACCCUUUCGCUUUCCCUCCUUUCACGAACGUUCUCGCUGCCCUUGCGUACGGUGACUUCCAUCGUCUCCAAGAUGAUCUGGAAUGAAGAGCUCUCUGCCUCCCUCGAUCAGUCAGCUGGCGUUAUUGUCUUCCAUCGAAUCGAGCUCUCACGUUCGCAACACCUCUCCCAAAUCCUUGCAGACAAGGUCAACGCAUUGGUUGAACAGAAUGAGAAGGCUCUUGAUCAGAAGCUAGGCCAAGUGACUUCAUGGCAAGAUCGUGGCGAUGGAGGGAAGGGCGGCAAACCUGGUGAACAGACCCAAGAACGACGAGGAAGAGGAGAGCGCACCCGUGGCGGUCUACGUGGUGGUGCACGGGGCGGACGAGGAGCUCGGUUCGCACAGGGAUUGGGUAACCAGAUGUCGGGCGCUCAGAGAAAUCGUUAAAGGUUCUUUUUUUCGUGUUCUAUACUUCUUUCGUUCAAUGUUACUUCCAUGCUCUGAUACAAUUAUGCCACUGUUAUGAUCAUGAUACAGUCAAGGUACUCGACCUUGCGAAUCUAAGAUACAUCAUGUGUGUUUAACGAUACAGGGUUAUCGUCUACAUUACUCUUCAUCACUUUCUUCAGUGGAUGUAUCGUCGUCAUGCUGAGGUGCUGCCCAAUCUGACACGUCCAGCCUCUCGUUUUUAUAAUUUUCUAGUGCUUUACUGUCAGAUACUUGCUGUAUGGGAAACAACAAUGCAUACCUCCAUCACCCACUUCGUAGCCUGCUUGGGUGAUACAUUUUGAUAACUC